AUUUGAAAUCAAAGAUGGCGACCACGGCCUCAGAUUUUUUUGAGCAGACGAAAGUUCCUGACAACUACGAUGCAAAGAAGCAAGCUAUGCUACAGUUUGUUGAGUUUCACAGGCGGAAGACUACAAAGAUUGUUUUGAUAACAUCGGGUGGUACAACAGUACCCUUGGAGAGCCGUACAGUUCGAUUUAUUGACAACUUUAGCAUUGGAACUAGAGGGGCAUCAUCAGCAGAACACUUCUUAGAUUCUGGGUAUGCUGUGAUAUUUCUCCAUCGCCACAGAUCCCUAGAGCCCUAUACCAGGCACUUCUCACAACAAACCAUGCUAGAUGCACUACAUGUAGGAGAGGAUGAUACCAUUUCAGUUGAUGAAGCGAAAGCACCAAAUCUACGUUCCAUCCUGGUCAAGUAUAAACAAUCAAAGAGUGAGCGGAGACUACUCAAUGUUGACUUCAAUGCAGUAGGGGAAUACUUGUAUCUACUGAAGGCUGCAUGCCAGGUGUUGGGUCAAGUUGGUAGCAAGGUGAUGAUCUACCUUGCAGCAGCUGUUUCAGAUUUCUACAUUCCUAGCAGUGAAAUGCCUGAACAUAAAAUCCAGUCAUCAGGUGGUCCUCUUCAGAUACAUCUCCAGCUGGUUCCAAAGAUGCUUGGACCACUUGUGAAAGAGUGGGUGCCUCAAGCAUUCAUUACAUCGUUUAAGUUGGAAACUGAUGUCAGUUUACUCGAGUCUAAGGCCAGAAAAGCAUUACAAACAUACGACCAUCAGGUGGUGAUAGCCAACAUACUGGAAACCAGGAAGCUUGAGGUGGUCCUUAUUACAAGAGACUGUGCAGAGAAAAUAGCAUUGAGUGAAGAACAAAUAAAAAACAAUGUUGCUAUUGAAGAAUUGAUUGUGGAACAUUUGGCUGCUAUGCAUGACAGUCAUAUAACUGGGGAACUAUCAAACAUUGACACAUAAUACAUGAAUUGUUAUAAGUGAUAUGGUGAAAUAAAAAAUGCCAUAUAAUGAAUCAUGAAGUGUGAGGGGUCACAUUUGGAUUGAAUAUUCUUCAAUAUUCAUGGAUAAGUGCAAAGGAGUCUGAAUUGAUUGUGUAAUGGAUUAAGCCUUAUGGAGCAGAGGCAUGACAAAAUAUGAAUUAGAUUCCAGACUGUGUUAUGAGCAUUGUCACACAUAUCUAGUCAUGAAGGAAUAUCACACUUAAAAUUGGACCACUUUUAGUUAGUAUAGACACAGUCCAUUCCAAAAUCAUUUUGAGAAAUUCAUUGAGUCA